GGCGGGCCGAGGUGCAGCGGCCGGAACAAAGGCCCACAGAGGGGUCCUGGAGAGCGCGUCUCCCCGGGGGCGGGGAGGGCCCUCUCUCCCCGUCCCGCCUCAGCUCCUCCCUCUCCUCUCCUCUCCUUCCACGCGGAGGCCCGGCCGGCGCGCAGCCCGAACUGCGCCAACUUCGCCAACGGUUCCCAAGUUGCUGGGCGCGCAGGGCUGGGAGCAGGGUGGGGUGAAGAAGAAGAGGAGGAGAAGGAGGGCUCGCCAGGCGCCUUGGACGCGGUUCAGGAAUCCGCCGCCGCCGUGGGCCGCUCGCCGGCUCUGGCCCGAGCAGGGAGGGCUCCGGGCAGGACUGCUCGCUCACUCGCUCGCUGCGCAGGACGGCGCCCGCCUGGCGCCGCUUCUCGCCCGGCGUGAGAACCGGCCGGGCCGCGCCUCCCUUCCUCCCUCCUUUCGCACCGCGGUCCCCUGGAGGCCGCAGAGCUCGGGCCGCGAGGGAGCCGGAGCCCCGGAGCCGCUUCUGCCGAGAGGAGCGCAAAGUUGCGAGCGGAUGCUGCCGGUGCCGGACCCCAGCCGCGGAGAGUUGGAUCCGCCCCCGCCGGAGGAGCCUCGGCGGCCGGGACGAGGGUGUCCCCCACCUGAAGACAACAAGCCAGGCCCCGAGUGAUGCCCCUGAGCUGAGCGCCCACGGCCCCAGCCUACCCCAUGGAGAAAGGACUUGCUUUGCCCCAGGACUGCCGGGACUUUCUGCACAGCCUGAGGAUGAGAAGCAAAUAUGCCCUUUUCCUGGUUUUUGUGGUGGUGGUUUUUGUCUUCAUUGAAAAGGAAAAUAAAAUCAUAUCGAGGGUCUCGGACAAGCUGAAGCAGAUCCCCCAAUCCCUGGUGGAUGCCAACAGCACCGACCCGGCCCUGGUCUUGGCCGAGAACGCAUCCCUCUUGUCCCUGAGUGAGCUUGAUUCAGCCUUCACGCAGCUGCGGAGCCGCCUGCGAAACCUCAGUCUGCAGCUGGGGGUGGAGCCCGCGGAGGGGGAGGAGGAGGAGCCACCCCCACCCGCCCGGGCCCAGCCCCGGCGCCACGUGCUCCUCAUGGCCACCACGCGCACCGGCUCCUCGUUCGUGGGCGAGUUCUUCAACCAGCAGGGCAACAUCUUCUACCUCUUCGAGCCGCUGUGGCACAUCGAGCGCACGGUGUCCUUCGAGCCGGGAGGCGCCAAUGCGGCGGGCUCGGCCCUGGUCUACCGCGACGUGCUCAAGCAGCUCUUCCUGUGCGACCUGUACGUCCUGGAGCAUUUCAUCAGCCCGCUGCCCGAGGACCACCUGACCCAGUACAUGUUCCGCCGGGGCUCCAGCCGCUCGCUCUGCGAGGACCCCGUGUGCACGCCCUUUGUCAAGAAGGUCUUUGAGAAGUACCACUGCAAGAACCGCCGCUGCGGCCCCCUCAACGUGACGCUGGCCGCCGAGGCCUGCCGCCGCAAGGAGCACAUGGCGCUCAAGGCCGUCCGCAUCCGGCAGCUGGAGUUCCUGCAGCCGCUGGCCGAAGACCCCCGGCUGGACCUGCGCGUCAUCCAGCUGGUGCGCGACCCCCGGGCCGUGCUGGCCUCCCGCAUGGUGGCCUUCGCCGGCAAGUACGAGACCUGGAAGAAGUGGCUGGCCGAGGGCCAGGACCAGCUGAGAGAGGAGGAGGUGCAGCGGCUGCGGGGCAACUGCGAGAGCAUCCGCCUAUCGGCGGAGCUGGGCCUGAGGCAGCCGGCCUGGCUGCGCGGCCGCUACAUGCUGGUGCGCUACGAGGACGUGGCCCGCAGGCCCCUGCAGAAGGCCCGGGAGAUGUACCGCUUUGCAGGCAUCCCCCUGACGCCGCAGGUGGAAGACUGGAUCCAGAAGAACACCCAGGCGGCCCGGGACAGCAGCGGCAUCUACUCCACACAGAAGAACUCCUCGGAGCAGUUCGAGAAGUGGCGCUUCGGCAUGCCCUUCAAGCUGGCGCAGGUGGUGCAGGCCGCCUGCGGUCCCGCCAUGCGCCUCUUUGGCUACAAAUUGGCACAGGAUGCCGCCACCCUCACCAACCGCUCUGUCAGCCUCCUGGAGGAGCGUGGCACCUUCUGGGUCACGUAGGGGGCCUGGGGCCACGAGCACCCCUCCUUGUGGAAGUCCCGCCCUGCCUUCCUCACACCCAGGCCAGUGGUGAGAGGCGCUCGCAGACGGCGGGCAGGGGGCCGUGCAGUGAGCAGGAAGCCCCUCCGCUAUAGAAGUAGGCCCCUAGCCAGCUAGCUUCCCCGCUGCAGCCGUGGGCCUGAGGUUUCUCGCUGAAAACAGGACAGUGCCUGGUCCCCUUGAGGGCCAUCAAGCCCAGACCUAAGGGGCUGCGGUCUCCUGCACAGGUCCAGGUGGGCCCGGGGCCUAUUGACAAGGCUUUCUCUCUCUCAUACACACACACACGCGCACAUACAGAAACAUACAUGAAACACACAUAAAUUCUUGUGGACGCUGUGGCCCAGAGUCCAAAUAUUUAACAACCAGAAGGGGCAGUGGGCACUGACCAGUCACAGUCGGACCUCCUGCUGUCCUCAGUGUUAACCUUUCAGUGUCUGGAUUUCUGCACAAUCCCGUGUGGAAUCUGGGUGGGUCCCUGUGGAGGGGCUGGGGUAGCCGGGGUGUCAGAGCAUGGCAUUUGGGGCUUAGCAACCAGGAACGAGUCAAUAUUUUCAUAAAUGGGAUAGCUGUGCUGGUUGCUGAUGAAAUCAGCCCGGUAUAGAGCUACAAAACACACAGACAUAAGUAAAGACCAAUACCUAGACACACACCACAUACACAGACAGGAAAACAUCAUAAAAACACAAAUACACACACACACAUUUAUACACAGACAAGCUUCUUUGCUUUAUGCCUACAGGGUUUCUUUGUAUCCCACGCCUAAGGAGGAGGCUUUAAUUACAUUUUUAGAAUUACUUGGGGGCAGGAGAAGAAAACACAGUUACAGGCUAUGACCCCCUUCCCCGGCCGGGUUUGGGGCUGAACGGUGGAUACAGAACUGCCUUGGAUUCUCGCAGCUACCUCCUCUGUCCCACUCACGUCCUCACCGCUGGCAGGCAGCAUGUUUUAAAAUGGCGUGGCUGACCCUCACAUGACUGCCGCCCAGAGGCCCCAUCCCCGCUCGGCUGGCUUCCUGAGAGCAUAUCCAUAUUUGACGGCUGCCUCAGGCCUAACUGACGGAAGUAGCUAUGGUCCCCGGAGGCAAAAGGCAGCUCAUGGGUCCUGCCAUUUCCAGCCAAUCCCCUGUGGGGCAGGGCCCAGAAUAAAGUACAGAGUGCUCUUGGGGGAGAAGUCACAUCAGGAUACCCUCUCCCCUGAAAAGACAGGGGACAGAGGUUAGCUGCAUGGUUGGUUGCCAUGGUUAUGUGGUUAGUGUCUGAAAUUCCUCCUUUAGGGCUCUGGGAAGAGUAUUGCUCAACUCAGGCUGGGUGUUUUAUUUGGGUUUUUUUAAGUUAUUUAUGGUUUGGUGUCUUGUGGCUGUGUUUUUGGUUUUGUUUCUGGAAAAGUGCCACUUGGAAGCAAUCCGGGCUUAGGGUGCUAAGGGGGGCUGGGAGAACCAGCGGGGAACACUCUGGCUCCUCCCAGAGGAGGAGGAGGAAGAGGAGCCUCCUCCAGAAGGAUCAGAGCCUAGGUGGCCAUGUGGCAGCCCACAGUAUUCCACGGGCUUUUCUGUUUGAACUCCAUGUGGAACAAAUCUGAGAAACCACCAGCGUUCUUUGCUGAGUGUCCAGAAGCAGCAUAAAUUAGCAGCCCUCACCCCCUCCCCAAGAAGAGGCCGGAUUUAAAAAUCUCUCCCAGGCCCCUGGGGGGUCGGGGGCCUAUGACCAAACAGCAGAUGUCCCCAAAGUGGAAGUCUUUCCCAUUUCCACCCUAAACUGGGGAGCAGAACUCAGUACCCGCCUCAGAACUUGCAGGGAGCUGCAACAGUUUAUUAAGGGCUGUUUCUGAUUUCCUGGACAACCUCUGUGUCAGAUCCGUCCCAUUGUCAAACCCAGAGGGCUGAGUUUUGGUUUGAGUAUUAUAGAUGCCAGGGAAACACAGGAUCUGAGUCCAGCUGGUGUUGCCCUGGGGAAGGGAGGCAUGUGUCCUGGCUGGAAGCCGCAGUUUGAAAAGGUGAGGACCAUAGCCAUCUUGUGGGAUCCGUUAUAGUCAGCAUAUCUGAGCUGCUAGGUCUCCCUUAGCAUGGACUUCAGCCAUUCAAGGAGGUCUUCACUCUAGGUCUUCCAGUCCAAGAAUAAGUUGUGCAGGGAGCUGCCUCUAAUUUGGUGUCCAAAGGGACUCCAACUCUGAAAACUUGACCCUGGGGUAGAGUGGGGCCAGGGUGUCUGGCAGGCCCAGAAGUGCUGGCCGUUCUUCCCCAGCUCCUCCCUGCACUCUUCCCCACCUGGGCUCUUCCAUCCAGGGCUCUUCCGGGGCCUCCUAGUGUGGACAGCAGGCUGCUUCCUUCCUGUGCCUCCCCCCAGGGCCGAGCCCUGAGCUCGGGGGACAGCACCGAGAAUAGACCUGUGGGACUUCUCAGGACAUGGACAGAUUGUACACUACAAGUUGACUUAAUUUAUUUAUUUUGUGGAAAAGGCGAGACAGAAAUACCUUAUUAUUUGCAGGUACUCAAAGCUGUACCCAAAUCAAGAAGGACAAGACAAUAAUAAUAGAAACCAUUCGCUCACUCCGUAGACACAAGGACACUGAGAGAUGAUUCAGAAUACAAGAGGACUGAACCAGGAUGCAGGAGUCGCGAUGGCCCCGGCCUGUUGUUUAAGGAGACACGGUGGUUUCCUCCUUUUGAUUCGAAGAUGUGACAGGAAGGCCCUUUCUGCUGUAUUACCUUUGCCCAGGGGUCUGAACAGGACACUACUCAAGUGAGUGUCGCCUUGGGGCUCAGCAAUGCCCUGGGAACCCGUGGGGUUUGGGGAAGGACAGGGUGGGGGUGACUACUGACUUUACACUCUGCAGGACCUGGCUGGAGUCAUGCAUGCGGGGUUUUCCUAAUGGAGCUGGGCCGACGAAGGUGGUCCAGCUGGGGGCUAGUGCCUCCUCCUCCAGCGAGGCCAGCCCUGUUUCUCUGCUCCUGCUGGCUCCACCAGGAGCCGUCCCCUCCACAGCACCCACCUGUCUGGAGACAGGGGAGCAGUUAAGGCCUCACCUCCAGCAGCCGCCAGCUUCUCCGGAACAAGAGGCCCAUUCAGCAAUGAGCGUUUACUCAUUUUCUCUUUCUUCAUGAAGACCUCUUUAGUCUGGCCUAUGUAAAUAGUUCAGAACUUUCCAGGCCUUGGUGAGACAGGGCAGUGUCCAACACCCGCAGGCCGUCACCACCGCUGCCCGUUCCUGGCUCCUCCUCUGGGCCUUCUUUGUAAACCUUGGAGUGGAUGAGGGCAUGGGGGGUCCUUGGGAGUAGCCAGUGGGGCUGGAUUCCUGAGUCCCCCUGGAGAGGGAAAGAGCAGCAGCAGAUGGCUCUGCAGCACCCCCUGCAGGUCAUCACUGAGUGACUACUAAGGUUGAGAGCAGAGUCUAGCCUUGUGUCCCUUUAUGUGAUACACACACUUGAACAUAAAUAAGUGAACAGAAAAAGAAAUGUUUAAUGAAGUGUUUACUCCCUGUCUUCCAGCACCCUCAGCCUUGGAGCUACUGCCAGAGGGUGGUGUAAUGAGGCAGCUUGCUGUGUGAACCCCCCAGGGCAGAGGGCACCCACCCAACCCAUUACAAUGGCACCUUUCCUACCACCUCUGCCGUCUGUCCGAUGAUGGAACGGGUUCCAGCAGGAGGUCAGGGGGUCCCUGUCCCGGAAGGUGGCCACUUGGCCUGGACAGCAGUCAGGAGAUGUAAGCAUUAGAUGGCCUGGUCCUGACCCUCAAGGUCUCUUCCAAUCCCUGGUGCCCUCUCCCACGCUAGGGCCUGUUUUAAUUGACCACAGGGCCUGUCCCUUGAUAGCCCUGGAUUAUAAAGCACAGGAGCAGAAGACUGGUUGGCUGUGUCCCCAAGGCAGUCCCCUCCCACUUCCAUCCCCCAAGGCUGAAAGCAAAGGCAGGUCUCAGAGGGAGAUCCUGAGGCCAGGAGAGCUCGGGGGAGGGGGGAAGUGGGGAUCAGAUGCCUGUGAAGCCAAGUGGGUCUCGUCCAUCUGUACAAGUGGAAAGAGGGCACAUCCGCUGAAAUCCACAUUGAUGGAUUUGCUUGUGAAAAUUCCUAGGACGUAGUCCAGCUAGACGGGAGGGGGCAGGCCCAGGGUUUCCUGAUUGCAGCCACAUGGCCUCCCCACUGCCCCUGGUUUUGGGAAUAAUGGGAGUUGCUCUUUACCUCAACAGGACAAGCAGAAUGGGCAACUUCAGAUGUCUUAAGAGCUUCAAGAUCCUUUGGUCUUGUGUCCUUUGUCAUUCCAUGACUGUGCCUAGGGGACGAGUUAGUGUUUUCAAGGACGCAGAGCAGUGCCAUCCUCAUGGGCCUGGCUCAUAUUGUAGAGCAGGUAUUUUAUUUGGGAAAUAAAAUGACCCAGCUACCCUGCUUCCUCAGACAUUCGGCUUGAACUGGGCGCCCCUGCAAUGACCAUCUCAUCAGUAUAUUCCAGGCCUAGUUUGCCUGGCUCCCCUGCUCCCUCCUGGAUCCUGCCAACUCCGUCAUUUUGCUGAGACCUCAGCCCUGUGUCAUGUUGCAUGGCCACAUGGUACAGGACAGUCCCUGCGUGGCCAUGUGUGGCCAUGGUGUAGACAGAAGUGUCCGCGUGUGUGUGUGGGUAGCAUGCAGCUCCUUCUGCUCGGCCACGUUGCUCCCAGCCCCCUUGCCAUCAAUGUCCCAGACAUCCUUGCUGUGGCAGCAAUCUGCCGUCUCCUGGAAACGCAGGGGCUGUUCUUCAGAGAGCUGGCAGCCACCACCGAUCAGGGUCUGCUUUGCGGAACAGAAUGUGAACCCAUCACUUGAUGGCUUACUUGACUUAUUUAAUUAAAAAUGAAAACAUGCA